AAAAAUGUAUGUGGCCUGCAAAUAAUUUUCAAAAAUUACUUUUGGCCCUUUCUAAAUUCCUAGUGAGGACCGCUGAACUACAGUAAAUACAGAGAAAGUGUGUAUUACAUUCUCAUCCCUAUUAAUAUUAUGUACUGUUUACAUUCUUAUCGUUUCAGAUUUGUAACAGUGACAGUUAUGAGAUUGUUAACAGCUCAGUUAUGAAACAAAUUUAUGAUUCUGUUAACAUAAUGCAAAAUCAAAGAGCUGUUAGAUAUAGACCACCAUCUAUUGAUGAAGAUUAUGAAGAAAAUUAUUUUUAUGAAGAUGAAGAUGACUCGGAAGAUGAAGGAACAAAUGUUCCAAUUAAUGCAAAAUGUUUGACCAAUAAUUCAUCUAAGCCCAAUGAUCUUCAUAGUAAACUUAUUAGUGGAUAUACUAAUGGGGAUUCAAUGAUUGAUGUAAAACCACUAUCGGCCGAUAUGUUUAAAGAUCAAAGUCGAUUAUUUUACAUUUGUAACAGUUGUGGUUCAGUUAGGUGGGAUAACUUACAAUGGGAAAGUGCACUUGGUAGUAGCUUAGGGAUGAAGUUUAAAUGAAUUAUAACAUUAUAAAACAUGUGUAAAAAAUAAUCAUUUUCCGUAUAGUUUGGUAUUUUAAAAAUAACUAAAAAGUUCAACUUAAUUAUAAUUAUCCUUUUAAUUUUUAGUGUUCCAUAGGCUAUGGGCUUACUAUCUCAUAUAAUUCUGUUUUACCUGCAUAAGAAUUAAGUUUUGUCUAUAAGAGGAGUUGGCACACUAUUUGUUUUCUCUCUCUGGCACACGCUCAACAUGGACAAAACUCAUUUACGCAUGAUUGUUUAUUCAUUGUUUUUAAGUAAUCUUAGAGUAAAAUCACCCAUUACAAAAAAGAUAGAGAACAAUGUUUUUGAGGGAAUGAUAUAUCAAUAACAUAAUUUACUGUUAUUUGAUUUUGUACUCAACUUUCUAAAUUAACAAUAACAUUUUAUUAAUUUAAAU